AUAUUUUUCCUAACCCAAAUUCACCUUUACAAGAUUCACAGCCUACAUUCUUUCCCUCAUUUUUCUUCUUUAAAAUAAGAAAAAACACAACCUAAAAAAACAAAAAUAAAACACAGAAUGACACUUUCACUUUUGUGUGUAUCAUCAGCAGUUUUCAUAUGACAGUGAACACAUGACUAAAGCCUUCACAAAUACAACAACAACAACAACACUAGCUAGCUUAAAAAAAGCUAAAGGCAAAAUCACCAUAAUCCUCCUCGAUCACUAAUCGUUUGUCUGUUCAGUUGUAGAGCCAUAGCUUCAACAUUUAGCUAAUAAUAUAUCAUAUUUUCCAUUUCUCGUACACCCUUAAAUCAAAUGCGUGAGAGAGUAACACACACACACACAGAGAAAGAAAGAAAGAAGAGAAGAAAAGAAGUAUAGUUUGAGCUCUAGCUUAAUAUAGCUUUUUAUUUUUUUUUGGCAUUCCAAGGAGUUGGGAAAGGAAACAGAGAAGACCCAUUUGAGAAUAUUUACAGAUCUCUUACUGAGCUGCAUGCAUGUCUCUUAAUAAAGACUUACCACAUCACAUAGUGCAACUGAGAGAGCUUGAUACUCUGAAAUUUGAAGAUUUUGUAAUGAGUAAUGACUAAUGAGGCCCUUUUAGUGAAAAUCACCUCUGAGUGAUGUACUUGUGAUGAUACAUUGUAAUCCAAGAUGGAAAGGAUACCUGAAGUUAGACAACAACCAAGGCAGUUCCCUAUAGAGGCUAAGGUGACACAUAAUUUCUCAACUUCCAAGAAGGAGGUCGAUAUUAAAUGCAACGUGCAGGGUUUUCGAGAUUUCAGCUUGGCUGUUCCAGUACAAACAUGGAAAGGAAAGACCUCGUAUCAGGAGGAAGCGGAACUCAUGGUCGAUGCUGGUACAAUCAAGCGUAGCGAUGAUUCACUUGAAGAUAGUGGCUCUACUUCAUUUCAUGGGGCGAGUCAUCCUCCAGAACCUGUUGAUACAGACCUAAUGAGACCAGUGUAUGUACCGAUUGGUCAGAACAAAGCAGAUGGGAAAUGCCUUGUGAAAAACAUGUCUUUGAAGGGUCCUUUCUUAGACGAUCUUUCAAUCCGGGUUCCUAAUGUGAAACCAAGCCCGUCUCUUCUUUCACCUGCAGAGAGCUUGGUUGAGGAGCCAAAUGAUCUAGGUGUAAUCUCCUCUCCAUUUACAGUUCCUCGUCCUUCUCAAAACACAGAAACAAGUCUGCCUCCUGAUUCCGAAGAGAAGGAAUGUAUUUGGGAUGCAUCGCUGCCUCCAAGUCCACUUAGUAGCAUUGAUAGUACUAGUGUUGUGAGAGAUAUGAGUAUUGUCAACAGUUGCACAAGCACGUAUAGGAGUGAUGGGCUCAUGAGCGAUGGCAUGCUUAGUGUGGACAGAAACUAUGAGAGCACAAAAGGGAGCAUUCGAGGGGAUUCACUCGAAAGUGGUAAAACUAGCCUUAGCAGAGCAAGUGACAGUAGUGGACUUAGUGAUGAUAGUAAUUGGAGUAACAUGACUGGCAGUGCCAAUAAGCCUCACAAAGGAAAUGAUCCUAGAUGGAAGGCUAUUCUCGCGAUUCGGGCCCGUGAUGGUAUAUUAGGCAUGAGCCACUUUAGGUUACUCAAAAGACUUGGUUGUGGAGACAUUGGAAGUGUUUAUCUUUCUGAGCUUAGCGGGACUCGCUGCUAUUUUGCAAUGAAAGUGAUGGAUAAGGCAUCGCUUGCAAGCAGGAAGAAAUUGACCCGUGCUCAGACAGAAAGAGAAAUCCUGCAGUUAUUGGACCAUCCAUUCUUGCCAACAUUGUACACUCAUUUUGAGACCGACCGCUUCUCAUGUUUGGUCAUGGAAUAUUGUCCUGGAGGAGAUCUGCAUACUCUACGACAGCGACAACCUGGGAAGCAUUUUUCAGAAUAUGCUGCAAGGUUUUAUGCAGCAGAAGUUCUAUUGGCACUUGAAUAUUUACACAUGCUUGGUGUAGUGUACAGGGACUUAAAACCUGAAAAUGUUCUUGUGCGUGACGAUGGCCACAUUAUGCUUUCAGAUUUUGACUUAUCCCUGAGAUGUGCAGUUUCACCCACGCUCAUAAGGACCUCAUCUGAUGAUCCUUCUAAACGAGGAGCUGCAUUCUGUGUGCAGCCAGCCUGUAUUGAGCCCACAACUGUAUGCAUGCAACCAGCAUGCUUCCUUCCCCGUUUAUUUCCUCAAAAGAGCAAGAAAAAAUCACCUAAGCCUCGAUCUGAUUCUGGGUUUCCAGGUAAUACAAUGCCUGAGCUAGUUGCGGAACCUACUUCAGCUCGGUCAAUGUCAUUUGUUGGGACUCAUGAAUAUUUGGCUCCCGAGAUUAUCAAGGGAGAAGGCCAUGGCAGUGCGGUUGAUUGGUGGACAUUUGGUAUUUUCCUGCAUGAACUACUAUAUGGAAAGACCCCCUUCAAGGGAUCAGGAAACAGGGCAACUCUUUUCAAUGUAGUCGGCCAACAGCUUAGAUUUCCAGAUUCCCCUCCAACCAGUUAUGCCAGCCGCGAUCUGAUACGCGGCUUGCUUGUUAAAGAGCCUCAAAACCGGCUUGGGGUGAAACGAGGAGCUACUGAGAUCAAGCAGCAUCCUUUCUUUGAAGGUGUUAAUUGGGCUCUGAUACGUUGCAGUACACCACCCGAAGUGCCAAGACCCAUGGAGCCGGAGUCCCCUGCGAAGUAUGGGCAAGUGAAUCCUGUUGGGGUUGGCAAUACCAGUAAAAGAAUGGUAGGGACAGAUGCAAAGUCUGGGGGUAAAUAUCUUGACUUUGAGUUCUUUUAGUUUUAGGAUAUAGGAUUCUUGUCUAGAAUUGUAUCAGUGCCAUUAGUUGAUCCUUCAGCACUGCUUUCUUCUAGUUAUUUGUUCAACUGAACUGCAAUACAGAAGAUCUUGGUCUUCACUAAACUUGUAGUUGUGAAAAAUCACUGGCCAAAUCGGGUUCUCUCAAAGUUUUUCACAAUGAAGUGUGAGAAGCUGAAAUGAUUCGAGUAGCUUGCACUA